AUGGAUUCUUCGCUGCAUGAGGUCUGGCAAGCUGCUGCUGGCAGUCCCUUCUUCCCUACCGUGAAAAAGGACACUCAGUUCACGUUCGCUUUUGCCCUACUCUUCGUUGGUCUCUUCCUCACUGGUGUCUUUGCUCUCAACCGCACCUUGAUCAACAUUCCCCUACUGGGCGUUCCGGCUUCUCUUGCACUUGGGUUCGGAGUCGUCUAUAUGUUCUGUGCGGUCGGAGUCUACAUCUAA